AUGUCAAGUAAAAUGUCUCGCAGUUCUCGUCGUCGUAAGCACGCAGUUUCACAAUUAAACCUAAUGGUUGUAGGUUUUAGCUCUCUCGGUAAGACGUCCUUCAUCCGCAUGCUUUUCGACACUCUUUGUCGCCUAAAAGAAGACAUAGAGCUCCCUCCUUCACUAUCCAAAAGAGCUGAAACAGCGCAGGACGCAGAAGCAGCGCGCACAAAAGAUUUAUAUUCUUUCACUUUGGAUAUCGAAGAAGAGGGUGAAAAAAUUUCUUUGACUUUAGUUGAUUGUCCCGGUUUCGUAAGAGAUAACGAACUCAGACUUGAUGUUCAAGUUACUGAAGUAUUAAGAUAUAUCGAAGCUCAAUUUGAUCAAACAUUGGCUGAGGAAACAAAAGUAAAACGUAAUCCUAAAGCUCAAGACAGCCAAAUUCAUGCGUGUCUUUAUUUUAUUGACAAUACAAAUAAUGGCUUAACAGAUAAAGACAUUCGUAUUUUAAAAAGAUUAACAGCUCGUGUAAAUGUUAUUCCUAUCGUUGCGAAAGCUGAUUUACUUACGACGACACAACUUGCCAACUUAAAGAAGGCUAUCAAUCGAGACAUAAAACAAUAUCAAAUCCCUGUGUUUGAUUUUCCUGCCGAUGAAGAAGAUGACGCUGAACUCACUGAUCCAUCGACAAGUGAAAAAAUUUUAGGACGACAAUAUGCAUGGGGUGUUAUUGAUUGCUUGAACCCAAAACAUUGCGAUUUUGUUAUGCUAAGAAAUGUACUUUUAUCGAGCCACCGCAAAUUAUUCAAGGACAUUACUUUGGAAUUAUUUUACGAACAAUACCGUACCGAACGAUUGAUGGCCAGAAAGGCGAGUAAGAUGAUCACCAAGGAACAGAAGAAGAAAUUGAUGGAAGAUUUACAGGAAAUUUAA